AUGUUGUAUUUCGCAUACACAAUCCCCACAACCCCCACACCUCUCCUCAAUCCCCACACCUCUCCACAACACUCACAUCUCUCCACAACCCCCACACCUCUCCAAAACCCCCACACCUCUCCUCAACCCCCACACCUCUCCACAACACCCACACAUCUCCAGAACACCCACACCUCUCCACAACCCCCACACCUCUCCACAACACCCACACCUCUCCACAACACCCACACCUCUCCACAGCACCCACAUCUCUCCACAACACCCACAUCUCUCCACAACACCCACACCUCUCCACAGCACCCACACCUCUCCACAACCCCCACACCUCUCCACAGCACCCACACCUCUCCAGUGAUACAAAACAUCCACACCUCCCCACAACACCCACACCUCUCCACAACACCCACACCUCUCCACAGCACCCACAUCUCUCCACAACACCCACAUCUCUCCACAACACCCACAUCUCUCCACAACACCCGCACCUCUCCACAACACCCACACCUCUUCACAACACCCACACCCACACCUCUCCGGUUAUAUCACUGUGUACUUCUAGACAAAUGUGAACGCGUUGAAAAUAGCAAAAAAUAA